GCUCGCUCCGCCGCCCGGGAAGAGCAAGACGGAAGUGGCCGCCGUAGCCGCCUGCGCGAGCUAGCUAGAGCUCAAGCCUCGAUGGGCCAGGACCAGAGCCAGCCCGCCGCGGCGGCGGAGGAGCCUUCUCCGCUGCCCGCCGAGCCGGCGCCGUCGCAGGCUCCUUCCCCGGCGCCCUCCUCCCUCGAGGAGCUCGCCGCAGAGGCUAUGUCGUUUAGUGAGGAUAACAAUGACUCAAUUGACGUGAAGGUACAGAAAGCUCUGGAAUGUCCGUGCGUUGCUGAUUUGAAAAGUGGACCUUGUGGCAGUGGAUUUAUCGAUGCAUUUUCCUGCUUCCUGAGGAGUACAGAAGAAGAGAAGGGAUCAGAUUGUGUGAAGCCCUUUAUCGCAUUGCAAAACUGCAUCAAGGAAAAUCCAGAGGCAUUUUCUAAGGAGAUUUUGGAAGAGGAGGAGAAUGACGAGGAGGCUGAGAAGUCCAACCUGAAAGUUAGAGCUCCAGCAUGGUCUAGAGAAGCCAAGCCAAAGCUUUGAGAUCUUGUGGGAUUAAGCUGACCGCCCGAUAAAAAGAUUCCUCUGAUUGGUGCGCUACACCUUAUUUAUCCUAUAAAUUAUUCCUUUAUAGGCUAGAUUUCCGUGAGCAAAGUAUGCAUCCCGGGUCCUUCAGCAGAAAUAAGCCCAGUUUGUGCACGAGAGAUAUUCCACAGAGAACAUAUUCGUUAUUGCAAUGAGAAACUCAGAAACAUGUUUUCUCAGACUUCUGUUUCCAAAUGGAUUAAGGCGCUGGUAAAUAUUGAAAGAAGCUAUUGUCCGUGCUGAUAUACUACUCAUUUUAUGAAUUGAUGUAUGAAUUGAUGGGUCUA